ACCGAGCUCAUUUCUGCCCUCGCGUUCCUUGUCGGAGAGAGUGACCGCUGGUUCGGAUGAAAGAACUCAGCCGUAACUCGGGGUGUAAUUCUUAACCCAAGCUAACCAUCCUGCCACAUGCGCUGACACGUCUCCAGAUAUUACACACAUCCCGUUGGGUGACGGAGGGAACGUUUACUUGGCUGGUUUGACACAUUGUGAGUACAUACAAGAGACGCGCGGAGGGGGAAGAUGUUGCUGAAGGAGUACAGGAUAUGCAUGCCCCUCACUGUGGAGGAGUACCGGAUUGGGCAGCUGUACAUGAUCAGUAAACACAGUCACGAGCAGAGUGACAGAGGGGAGGGAGUGGAGGUCGUACAGAACGAACCGUAUGAAGACCCGGAGCACGGCCAAGGACAGUUCACAGAGAAACGAGUCUACCUCAACAGUAAAUUACCCAGCUGGGCUCGGGCAGUCGUUCCUAAAAUCUUCUACGUGACGGAGAAAGCAUGGAACUACUACCCUUACACCAUAACAGAAUACACAUGCUCAUUCCUGCCCAAGUUCUCCAUCCACAUAGAGACAAAAUACGAGGACAACAAAGGAUGCAAUGAUAAUAUCUUUGACACCGAGCUGAAGGAACAGGAGAGGGAGGUGUGUUUUGUCGACAUUGCCUACGAUGAAAUUCCCGAGCGCUACUAUAAAGAGUCUGAGGACUUGCGAUAUUUCAAGUCCGAUAAGACGUCAAGGGGGAUCCUGCAGGAGGGCUGGAGGGACACCCAGGAUCCUGUCAUGUGCUCGUACAAGCUGGUCACCGUCAAGUUCGAGGUGUGGGGACUGCAGACUCGUGUUGAGCAGUUUGUACACAAGGUUGUUCGGGAUGUUUUGCUGCUGGGACACAGGCAGGCAUUUGCCUGGGUGGAUGAGUGGAUCGACAUGACAAUGGAUGAGGUGAGAGAGUUUGAGCGCACCAUCCAGGAGGCCACCAACCAGAAGAUCGGGAUUUUUCCACCUUCAAUCUCCAUCAGCGAAACGCCCCUGUCCUCCUGUUCCCUCACCGGCCCCGCCAGUGCCCCGACCACCCCAAUGUGCACCGAGGCGCCUGAGUCCCUCUCUGUCACCAAGGACCGACCCCGCAAAAAGUCUGCUCCGGAAACCCUGACCCUUACCGACCCUGCCCCAAGUGGCGCGCCUCAGGGCACUACCAUGAGCCCACUACCCAUUUCAAACCACCUGGAACCAUCCACGCCUCCCUCCUCCAGCUCUGAUGUUGCUGAGACAGACGAGCAGUAGAGGGACCUGGGGAUGUCACCCCUACUCCCAGCUUCAUAUACCCCCAACCCCAUUCUGAUAGUAAGCCAAUGGGACUCGCCUAACCUACAAACACCAGUGGCCAGACAUCUAAGUUUUCUAGCCUUAUCCAAUUAUUUGAUCUUGGACACACAAACGUCACUAUCACAAUUGUCAACAACAUUGUCACUGAUGCCAUCCAGGCAGCUGUAGCCAUCCUGAUGUGACUAAUAUCCUCUUCUUGUGAGUCAAGCCAGCCACAUGCCUCAUCUGUUAUAACCAAUCUAAUCAAAACAAAAUGCAUCCCUAUUUAGUUUUGUUAAGGUUAUGAAUAAAUAAUUCUUAGUGUUUCCUAAAUAGCUUUCUGCAAUCAGUCGCUGUAUGGUUUUAAGCUGAAGAAGUACUUGCCUUAGUACCACAGAGCCAGUGGCAUUUAUUAGUUUUGCUGAUGCCUGAAAAACUGUCCAUUUUCAUUCUGUAAAAUGACUGUAUGUAUGAAGUUAGAAAUAAAAUCUAUGACACAAACUAGAGUAGCAAAGUAGACCUAAUAUGUUAGAGUACAGACAAGUACCGUCAUAACAGAAAGCUAUUGUUAUUGAGUCAUCCAAACUGGCCAGCGGAUAAGAUUGCACUCAUCCAUCCCAUACCAAACUCCAAUUAUACAACAGAUGCAAGAUCAGUACAAUCAUGAAGAGCUUACACCUCAGGUAUACCUUACUACCUGGCUCAAACUCAAAAAGCAGGGAUAUUACUUUACCUUUCUCUCCCUGCUUAUUGCCAAACAUUUUAUACCUCCACAGAUAUUAAAAUACAGCAACUAUUGUAUGUACUCUACCAGUCUACUUAACCCUUGGAAUGUUUACACAUCAGAAACCUUGGAGCAUUUGAAUAUUAGCGGCAACGUUGUUCUUUAAGCAGUUGUUAUAUCUGCAUUUGCAGUUCUAGCAUGAUAGUACAAUGACUCUAAGAUUUAAUUUGUUGACGUUUAUUUCUGCAUAUAUGUUACUCAAGUUGACUGAGAGGUCAGUAUAUAUAGCCGUGGAAAAAAUUAAGAGACCACUCAAAUUUGAUCUUAAAUCGUUAUCUCUAAAUGUAUGGCAGCCAUUGCAGUGUGUGUUGAAUUCAACACAGAGAAAAAUUGCCAGUAGUUUAUAGAAUACAAUAAAAAUAAAAAUAAAUCAUUUAACUCAAACGACGUACCUAAAAAAAAAAGUGGUCUCUUAAUUUUUUCCCGUGCUGUAUGUAUAAAAAUGAAAAAAACUAGUUAGGUGAAAAAAUAAAAGUUUAAUGUUUGCUGAAAUUAAUGCUGGAUAUCUCAUGUGACAUAAACGUGAUGGAAUUUUAUCAAAUCAACAAAUCACUUUAUCGUCAUGUGUAGGAACAAGGCCAUUUUGGGGAGUUUUUAAGCAUUGACAGGUCUUUGUGCACAGUGGAGUUUAAGACAACUCAAAACUGGAUUGAGGAGAUGGCAUAUGCAACAAGCUGACAUGAGUGUCUCCUUAGUUAGCUGCAUAGCGUUUGUGGAAGUUCUGAUCCUUUUAACUUUGCCAGUGCUGGUUGGUUAUACUCAGCUGGUGGUUUGGUGGGCGCUUUGAAAUGGCAACAUCCUAUGCAGAGCCCUUGUAUUUUUGCUGGGCUUAUAGUGCUAGUUGCUGUCUGAAAAAGGAAGAAGGGCAGCAAGUUAUUCUUUAAACCCUAUUUAAAGAAUAAAUAUCUACCUACCCGCACAAUGAAAUUACUCCAAGAAAGGGUUUUACAUGCUGCAUGGAAUGUUCACAACAUAUAUACAUAUUAUGUGAAGUAUAUGUAUAUGCUGUAAAAUAAUGGAUUGGUACAGUGUAUUUGGUCAUGCAAACGUAUGGGGAAACAAGUGAAUGCCAUCUCUGGGAGCUCUGUACUAAUUUUGUAAAAUAGAAAAAACUGAUUUGAGUGAAAUGUAAGCAUGACCAGAUAAUAUAGGCCGACUAACUCUUUCAAUUCAGUGCCUCUGCAUGCAAUUAUUGUAUCAUAACCAACAUGUGAAUAAACCAAAACUUCAUAUAUUUCAUAUAGAAAAACAACAUCUUAAUGCAUUUCUUUGCCUGUUUUCUAUCUCAGAUUAAUUUGAUUUACCAAGAAUAAGAAUCAGCUGCAGCACCAUAAUACAGUUGUUUACCUAUAAUCAGAUCCAGCCACUCAUAUCAGAGUACAUCACCAAACUCACAAGUAUCAGGGCUAACUUCCUUUUAUAUUUUAAGAAAUACCCUUUUCCCCAAUAUUCAUACCAAUUACUUUAAACUCUACAACGCAAAUGCAUUUUGCACUUUCCAGUCCACUUUUGACACCUUAUUUGACAACGAAGAAAUGUGUUGCAUAACAGUCUUGUUGAGUUUGUUGGACCAAAGUCCUUUAAUGCAGCAUAGUGACUUUGAAGAGAGCAGUGCGAGGAGAGAGUCCUCGAUGGUCUUGCCAUAAGAUAUUGUUCAUAUUAUGUACAGUUUCUCAAUUGCUUUUGUUAAAACUAAACAAUUGUAGCUAUUUAUCUGUCUCCGUAGCUUUUGUCUUUGCCUUUUGAGGGAACAAAUGUUAUACCAAUUUUUGGCCCAAUUGUUCUUUAAUGUAUAGAUUAUACUUACUUGCAACUCUGGUAUCGACCAUCCCUCUUGUCAGGAACACAGAGAUCCAGGGAUAUGUUUGAUCUACCAUGGGCUAUUAAAAAAUAAUGCACGCUAAUAUCCAACUGUUAAACUGUGCUCUGUUUAAAAGAGUUACAUAGUAGGUAUUGUAAAUACUGUUGUUAAUGAAUGAUAUAGUAGGUUUCUUACAUUGAAUCUGUUCAAAGUUGCAUUACUGGUGGGACAUGAAUGUGUUCAUAGAUUUAAAUUAGACAGAGAAGGAUAUUCUUUAGUGUUUGUGUAAUAAGGCUGUGUUUUAAUCUAGGAGUAAUUUGUUUCUUUAACUAUGAAGUCCUUGUUAUUGUUUGAGGAACCUCUGUCAAGUUUAGUUUUCUCAACAUCGUAUCAAAACUCCUAAUUGUAGUGGUGCACUUUUGACUCUCCAGAUGCUUUUGGUGACCCUGUAGUGCAAAUUGGUUUGUACAAGUUUUAAAACAAAAUGAAGCUUUUUUUUUGUUGAGUGGCUGCUUUGACGUUUACUUGCCAUGGUAAUCGAGAGGUGAUUGGCUUUUGUUUCUUUUUUUGUAUUAAACAUGCUGUAAUUUGAACAUGUGGUUGCUGUAUUGUUUGAAGGACAAUCUAGUUUCUAAUUUUGUCUUUGGAUAAAAGGACCAAGCUUUUUGCUAUUUCCCUCCCUUUGAUGCAGAUUGCAUUUGACCAGGCUGUUUUGCUGUUUCCUGAUAACUGGGACCUGUCUCACCAACCAGGGUCACUAAGCUAGCUGUACUGCUCUGAGGGAUACCAGGAACAGCUCAGUGUAGUUAUCGUGGUCUUUGAGAUGAGGUGUGAUACUGGCUUAUGCAGCUCUCUUCAUUAAUCCUGCUUUGUGAAAUAGGCCCCAGGAGUACCAUUCGUGUUCAGCUGCUGGAAGUUGCUCUUAGUUCUUCCAUUUUAACUAUUUUCUAAUUUGAUAUAUUGUUUCUCCUGUUGAAGUUCAUUUGGUUCUUUGUUGUAAUUAUUGUUUAACUUUUUCUGGAAUACACAAAUAAACUUUACUAGCUAUUGCA